GGUAUAAACAAUCAGUGUUUUUAUAUUUGUUAUUUUUCAGUUAGAAAGAUUUUAUUUCAGAAAAUACGUUGAAAGUGGACAGGACGGAAUCAUACAAUUUUGAAAAAAAAAAAAAAGAUUCUGGGUUACGAGUUAAUCCAGUCUUAACCCCAGUGUAUGGUGAAUGUUAAUUCUGUCUGUGACGGAGGAGUAAUGCCUGAAAAUAAACUCAGUUUUAAACAGAUACAAACACAGAUAUGAAUAGGAGGAGCACUUUUCCUUUUUUAAGAUAGCUCAGCAGAAAGGUUCACAGGUCACUGCUUCUUCAUGUCCAUUACCCUUAUCUUUUCAUUCCUUCAGCUGAAUCUUUGUGGAAAUCACCGUCUGUUUAUAAGUGAAAGUAUCGACCUCUGUGCUCCAUGUCUGCGUCAACUCUAACCUCACAUCUCAAGAUUUCUUCAGUGCAUUCUUCUGCUGGUGACACGGUCACUCUACACUGUAAACUCUCUCCUGAAAUCAGUGGAGGUACCAGAGAGAUCAGGUGGUUUAAGGAGACAGAAUGUAUUCAUCAGCAGUCCUAUGUGGACAGAAGGACAUUCGGGUGUAUGUGUAUGAGAUUUGGGAGAAAAGUGUCUCUGACACUGAGAGAUGUCAAAGUCAUGGAUUCUGGACGGUACAGGUGUGAAGCUCAUGGAGCGAGGAAAGAAGUUGUUGCGGUUAUUUACCUGCAUGUUGCAGGGCUUAAACUGGUCUCCCGAUCCCAUGGUUUUGGUAAGCUUAUUCCUGGUGAUGAUGUCACUCUGUUCUGUCACCUCUCUCCUAAAAAGAGUGCUGUUGCCAUGGAGAUCAGGUGGUUUAAGGGGACAGACUGUAUUUGUCUGUAUCAGAACGGGCAGGUGAAAGAGGGAAAGGGCUACGAGGGCAGAUUGGGUCUGUUCACCCACGAGCUGAGGAAAGGAGACGUGUCUCUGAUUCUGAGGAACCUUCAGGUGUCAGAUGGAGGACGGUACAAGUGUAAAAUUGCCUACAGAGGAGAUGAGGUGGAAAAUGAGAAUUUCCUGCAUGUAUCAGAGUUGAAACUGACUGUCCAGCCGAAGUACUACUUUAGAUUCAGCAUGACUGAAACACCUAUUGCCCAACCUUACACCAUUUAUGCCUGUGCUGGUGAUGAUGUUAUUCUGUCCUGUCACCUCUCUCCUAAAAUGAAUGCUGUUGCCAUGGAGAUCAGGUGGUUUAAGAGGACAGACUGUAUUUGUCUGUAUCAGAAAGGGAAGGUGAAAGAGGGGAAGGACUAUGAGGGCAGAGUGAGUCUGUUCACCCACGAGCUGGAGGAAGGAAACGUGUCUCUGAUGCUGAGGGAAGUUCUGCAGUCAGAUGGUGGAGAGUACAAGUGUGAGGUGACUCGUCGAAAACACAAGCUGGAAAACAGUGGAGUCAACCUGCAUAUUUCAGAAUUCAAGCUGGUCCACAGGUGUGAAGAUGUUGGAAAGCCCUCUGUGUCAGUGUAUGGAGCUCGUAUGGUGAAUGUGGCUAGUGGUUGUGAUGCCAUUCUGCCCUGUUACCUCUCUCCUAAAAAGAGUGCUGUUGCCAUGGAGAUCAGGUGGUUUAAGGGGACAGACUGUAUUUGUCUGUAUCAGAACGGGCAGGUGAAAGAGGGAAAGGGCUACGAGGGCAGAGUGAGGCUGUGCACCCACAAGCUGAGGAAAGGAGACGUGUCUCUGAUUCUGAGGAGUUUUCAUGAGUCACGAGAUGAGGGACUGUACAAGUGUGAAGUCACGUGUGGAGAUGAAAAGGUGGAAACGUCAGUUUACUUUUAUGAUCCUCGUGAGAGUAAGGCCUACAAAUUUUUACUUUCACCUGUUACACUAUACACACUCUCACUGUGGAGAAUGACUUCACUCAAUUUUAGAUGAAUUUAUUUAUGAGACAUUCUCAUCUAUUUCUUUCAUUUAUUCCAAGGAAUUAGGAAUGUAAUUUUAUCUAAUCUUAUCCUUUCUCCUUUUUUUCAGGUGAACGUUGUAAGUAUUACAAUGCAUUUCUGAUCCUUUUUGAUUUGACUGAUUUUUGGGAGCAGGGAUCACUGACAUUUCAUUUUAUUAUUAAAUCAGAAGAAAAAUAAUCCUGCAUUCGUGCAGCAUUUCUGAUGUGAAAAGAUUCACCAUCACAAACACACAAAACCAUAAAUUAAUUUCCUUUGCAUUUACAGAUGAAAUAGAAAUAAAAAAGAGAAGUGUCACAAAAACAAGAAACAGAAAAUUAAGUGACCUUCGACCCAGAAAACCAGGAAGCCGAUGGAGUAAUCCGUUAGAUUUACCAAACAUGUGAAGACAGAGCUCAAGACAGAGCAACAGCAGGACAGAGAAUAGAGGAGGAUCACAGUGAUGGACAUUAGAGAGCAUUUACACACAGAGAAACGAUCAUUCUGUUUAUAUAUAUAUAUAUAUAUAACUAGCCUAGCGUCCUGUCUAGAUUAGUGUUGUUAUCGUCAGUAAUGAGGAUGAACUACAGAUUGGUGGAACUCUGGCGACGAGGAGGAUGUUUGUCUUCGCUGUAGCUUUUGGAGGCGGAAAAUGGAGAGAAUUUGAGCUGCUCAUGUGAUGUGACUGUAUGCAGAUACAGUUAUAGAAGGACGUCGCAUCAUGUCCUGGUCAAUGUCCCAAAAAUACACAGGCUGUUAUUUUAUACUUAUAACAACGCUGAAAUAUUUUCCAUUCAGCAUGGUGUAACAUGUCUCCUCAUACUGACUCACAAACCAGACUUGCUUUUUACCAGAACUUUGCCCUUUUUUGUUGCUUGAUAAAGGGAAGUGAUAGCUCAGAGGUUAAGACGUUGGACUUCUGAUCGGAAGCGUGUGAGUUCAAAUCCCAGCUCAAAUUCCGAGCUGCCGCUGUUGGGCCCUUGAGCAAGACCCUGCUAAAUGCUGUACUGUAAUGUAAUGUCAUGAUUGUUCAGCUCAGCUCUUUUCUGAAAAGUGAAAGUAAAAUCUCUUGCAUUCCCCCUGCCCCGCUUUCACUUCCUGUACGAUGACACGUAUAAUGUCUGCUGGAGAUGAAGGAAAAACAAAGUGUGAAAGCAGCUGAAAUAUGAAUCUGGACUGUUGUCUGUGCUCUUCUGAGAGCAUUUGAACAUCAUUAGCUACGUUUACAUGCAGUCUAAUAAUCUGUUAAUAAUCUGAUUGUGAGCUGGAUCAGGAUGAGGACGUUCAUGUACACACUUCCAUCAGAGUAGAGUAAACCGUUUGAUUAAAUCUCGAUCUGCUUGAACGAGCUGGAUAAUGCUUUUAAUCAUCUGUUAAUUAAUUAGAAGAGUACGAGCUGUGUAAACGCUUGUCUGCUUCGUGUCACCACGUCUUCCUGGUGCUGUAAAAAGUUGUGUAAGAAAGCAGCGCUCCUGCUACAGAGUAAUGUCUCUGCACAUCUGUACACAGUGUGUGAUGAGGAGAAGGAGAAGCUGGUUGUGGGGAUGCACACCGGCACUGAUUCGUCUAAUCAUUGCGGGGGUCUGAGAGACAGACAGGGACACACGUGCUUUAUGUUUGGCUUGCGUUUGUGUGUUGUACCUUAUGUUUGUGUUCUGUUGAUUAUUAAAGUUUAUAUUUAUGUUCA